UAAUGAAGGUGAGAUGUAUAUGUUCAAGCACAUUUAAAACAUAUGUUCCCAUUCUUAUUUGACGUGAUUAUUAAAUGGCCACUAAAUGAACAGCGCAAAGUUUAAUUUAAUACUAGUAUUAUUAUUGAUUUAUUACUAUCAUCUUUAAUUUAAUCCCAACUACUCAUAUUUUAUGGAGAUUUUAGUUUCUUCGAGAUCGAUCACUAACCUAUCACCACAUCUGUCCAAUUAAAGAGGAAGAAGAAACAAAUCUUGGAGACAAGUAUAAAGAGACUCACAAGUCAGAAAGUCACAACACUACAACAAAAAUCAAACCAAAAAGUAGUCAUAGAUAUCAAAUUCUAAUGGAUUUUGUUCAUUCAAUGUUUAUGCCUGAUUCAACCUACGAAGAUGGAUUACUAUUUUCUGAUUCUUUUCUUCUUUCGCCUUUUAUAUCAUACCAAAACAAUGAUGUUUGCAAUCCGAUCACAAACAAAAUUGGUGGAAGCAAUAAGAAACGAAGUUUGUGUGAUACAUAUGGCGCGAAUGAAGCCAACAAGAAUGAUGAUGAUCGGGAAAGCAAGAAGGUGAAACAUAGAGACAUUGAAAGGCAAAGAAGACAAGAAGUUUCAUCUCUUUUCAAAAGUCUAAGGACUCUCUUGCCAUUUCAAUAUAUCCAGGGUAAACGCUCGACAUCAGAUCACAUUUUCCAGGCAGUGAACUACAUCAAAGACUUACAAACCAAGAUCAAAGAACUCAACGAAAAGAGAAAUCAGAUUAAAAAAUCCAUACGGGGCACAACUACUAUAGAGGAAUGCACGAGUAGCUUAUCAUCAACAUCAACAUUAUCAUCAAGCUGCUCAUGUGUAGGAGACAAACACAUUACAGUUGUGGUCACGCCUUGUUUGGUUGGUGUUGAGAUCAUCAUGAGUUGUUGUCUCGGACGAAACAAGUCUGGUCUCUCGAGUGUUCUUCAAAUGUUAGCUCAAGAACAAAGGCUCAGUGUAGUUAGUUGCCUCUCAACUAGACGGCAACAGAGAUUCAUGCACACCAUUGUUUCUCAGAUGGAGGAUGAUGGCAAAAAGAUCAAUAUAUUGGAGCUUAAGGAUAAAAUAAUGAAUAUGUAGCCAUGUACAAGAAGAAAUAUAGUUGAUAUGAAAAAUGCAAAAGUGCGCGACUUUAAAUUGGAAUUUUACUGAAUUUCAAUGUAUGUAUUAUUUGAGUUGUUAGAUACUAAGAUCAUGUUGUUUUAGUGUUUCGGCUUACUGUUGAGUGCUUAGAGUUAAGGUUACAAACUAAUGCUUGUUUUUCUUUUCUUUUCUUUUUGUAAAAUAAUGCUUAUUUUUCUUGGCAUCGAUCGUAUAAUCUUCUUCC